AUGUCUACAUUCCCCUUGAUAUUUAUUUAUUUCCAUCCUCCCCAGCACCUCAAAGAUCAGCUUCUCAUCAAUGGGCGCAACCACCUCGCGCUCAAAAACGCGCUUGCCCAGCAGAUGCAGCAGCAAAUAGUUCCAGGACAGAUACCAACCGUGUUUGGUCAUCAAUAUCUUGGCGGUCAGGUUCCGCUGGCUUACUCUCCAUACCUCCAGACAGGGCUCAUCUCACCACUUAUAGAUGGUGCUACUCACGCGCCACCGCCAUCCCAGCCCGCCGCCCCUCAUCACACCAUACAGAAACGUCACGAGAUGAUGAUGAUGGGACCUCCAGUCGGUAUUCCCGGCCUCCCCCUGGACCUCACCCAGCUCACCCUCUCUGCUGGCCAACCCAGCCUCGUAGCCGGCAAGAAACGACCUCUAGAGGAUGAGGAGGUUUUCCAUCUGACCCUACCUAACGGAAGUUUGGUGCCAUACAAGAGACAAGCAGCAUCAGAUAAGAGCGGUUUACCAGUCUAUCAACCUCUACAACAACAACAACAGCAACAGCAACAGCAACAACAACAACAGCAGCAGCAACAGCAACAACAACAACAGUUUCAACAGUUGAUGAUGCAGCCUAACCUAGUGCCUGUAACAUAUCCAGGCUCUGGGUCUCUUUACUACGUUCUCUCUGAUUCACAGAUGGAAGUAGGUCUGCCUAGAUAGCUUUACAGAGAUAUCAACAAUGAUGUCAGUGAUAUAUGAGAGGUGCAGUGUAUCGUCCAAGACGAACUAUUGCUGAACCAUCUCUUAUUGGUCUCAAAGAUUGGUCUCAAUAUUCACGGAACUAGAGUAGUCCAACAUCAAGUAGUAGUCCAGACUAUCAUCAACAAUCGUCCAACAAGAUUUAUUCAGUCAAACGGACUUAACAUCAUGCAGGGACUUUAAAAGUCCAUAGUCGUUCAGAGA